UACAUUUGUACUUCAAACACCAGAUAAUAAUUAUUAUAUACUUGCUCUGUUUGAUUCCUUACUGUUUGUCUUUCUUUGCUCAUAGAAAGGGAGCUGGGGAAGGGGAUAUCGAUAUUGACUGAGCGAGAGAGGGUGCUGCCAAGCUUCUGAGGGACAGGACAACAAGCAACAGUAACCAUGGCAACACCAGGACCUGGCUCAGCAGGUCAGGCCCAGUCUCAGCAGCAUCCAUACAGCAGCCAGAGAGGGGAGGCCUCGGGCCCUGGCAGUUUCCCUCCCAUGAUGCAGCAGAGCCCUGCCCCAGCGCCACAGAUGAUGUCGCCGACCAAGGACAUCAACGUGGUGAACAUGUGCCGCGUGGGCCAGGAGAUUGUCCACGACAUUGUGGGCAGGGCUCAGGAGCUGUUCCAGUCUCUGGGGCCGAAACAUAUGCAGCUUCCCAACAACGUUACCUUCCAUGGACAGCAGUAUGCUGAGCGUAAAGCAAAAGUGGACGAGCAGCUAAGGCAGAUCAACAUGAAUUUCCGAAAACUGAGGCUUUUUUUCAGCAAAGUCAACGAGACAGUUGAACAGACAGAACUUCCCUCAGAACAGGAGUUGGUGCCUUAUGUUGGCAAAGAGGUGGACACCUCGGAGAAGGAGUAUUCUGACGUGUAUCACUACACUGUGGAACAACACAGAGACAUGCUGGAGCAAGUCAAAUUGAAAAAUCGGCAGUUGAAAGAAAUCAUUGACAUCGUGCGAUCAAUCAUCUGGGAAAUCAACACCAUGAUCACCAUGAGGAAAGGAUGAGGGGAGGGCCUUCUGCUGCUGUCAGCUGUAAAUAGUAGACCAUCAAUCAUUGUCCAAUAUUUGUGUGUGUGCGAGUAGGUGUGUCUGUGUGGAAAUAUUACGCCAAGAGGAACGUGUGUGUGUGUGCGUG